CUUAUUAAGUUAUACAACACUGACAAGUCCAGCUCAUGUUCGUUGCGAGCGCCCGUUUGAUUUGUGUUGAUUAUUGUGCCCUGCUGACAAUUUUUUGAAUUUGCUGGAAAGAAACAUCGCCAUUUUGGGACCUAUACCGAACAAAUUUACCGUUUAAUCGCUGACAUUGCACAUACUCAAAUUGGAAAUUUGAGUGUUGCGAAUUUUUCAAAAUGUCGGAAUUAGAUUGGGAUGACCCGAACUAUAUUGAGGAACCAACAAACUACUCGCAGUCUACAUACAAUGAGAAGUAUGAUGAUAACUAUUCUCGGGACCGUCGUGCGAACUAUGGCAGCAACAAUAAGCGUGACAGAGAGCAGCGCGAAGGCUACUGUAGCAGUAAACGUCGCGAGAGCUAUGACAGAGAUAACGGCUGCUUCGCGAAGAAUGCUGAGCACGCGUACAGCGAAUCAUUGAAAAUCUCCACAGAUAUGGUGGGCCGUGUAAUUGGACGUGGUGGCUCCAAUAUAACGCGGAUUCAGAACGAUUUCACAGUUCGGGUCAAUGUAGAUAAGGUCCGGCUGCUGGUCAGAGUAUCGGGUAGUGUGAAAGUUAAUGUUAACAAUGCGAUAGACGAGAUACGCAAACAAAUUCACAGCGAUGGAGGCGGCUAUAGUCAUCCGGCAGAGAGUGGCGGCAAUGGCUAUGGACGCUCUAGUGCCGGCGGAUAUGGCCGAUACGAGGAUGGAAGUUCCACUCGUUCCAACGGUGGUGGACGAUCUAGCCAAAAUAGCUAUGGCGGAGGCCGAAGCAAUUAUGAUUUUUCAUCAUCAACAGCCGAUAAAGCUAACGAUGGCGAUUUGACGGGCACCAUAGAUUGGGAAGCCCUGAACAAGGCCUCAGAGAUCGCGCAGGCCGCACGCUGGGCCAAGUGUCCACAGUUAACAAAGCACUUCUACAAGGAGCUUCCAGAGGUGGCUAAUCUACCAGAGGCGGAGGUAGCUCGUCUACGCUUGGAUAACAACAAUAUUAGUGUUUCGCAUGUCUUUGAAGCGCAGGAGGGCGAAAUCUUGUCGCCCAUACCGAAUCCUGUAUGGGCAUUCGAGCAAUGCUUUGCCGAAUAUCCCGAUUUGCUCGGCGAAAUACAGAAACAGGGCUUUACAAAGCCCUCGCCCAUACAGUGCCAAGCCUGGCCCAUUCUGCUCAAGGGUCACGAUAUGAUUGGCAUUGCGCAAACGGGCACCGGAAAGACACUUGCCUUUCUACUGCCUGGCAUGAUCCACACCGAAUACCAGAGCACACCUCGUGGUACACGAGGUGGUGCCAAUGUCCUGAUCUUAGCCCCCACACGAGAGCUGGCCCUUCAGAUUGAAAUGGAGGUGAAGAAGUAUUCCUUUCGCAAUAUGAAAGCCGUUUGCGUCUAUGGGGGCGGCAAUCGUAAGAUGCAAAUUUCGGAUGUGGAACGUGGCGCUGAGAUCAUUAUCUGUACGCCUGGACGCUUAAAUGAUCUGGUGCAGGCCGGCGUUAUCAAUGUGUCAACCAUUACCUAUCUGGUGUUGGAUGAAGCCGAUCGCAUGCUGGACAUGGGCUUUGAGCCGCAGAUACGCAAGGUGCUGUUGGACAUACGGCCGGAUAGACAAACCAUCAUGACAUCGGCCACCUGGCCGCCAGGUGUCCGUCGUCUGGCGCAAAGCUAUAUGAAGAAUCCCAUACAGGUCUGCGUCGGUUCACUGGAUCUGGCUGCUACACAUUCCGUCAAUCAGUUCAUUGAACUACUGCAGGAUGAUAAGGAUAAAUUCCACAUGCUUCGAAAGUUUGUGAAAAACAUGUCCGAAACGGAUAAGAUUAUUGUAUUCUGCGGACGGAAAGCACGUGCAGAUGAUCUGUCCAGCGAUUUGACUCUGAAUGGAUUUGCUACACAGUGCAUACACGGAAAUCGGGAGCAGAGCGACCGAGAGCAGGCCAUAGCUGAUAUUAAGUCGGGCUUGGUGCGUAUUCUAAUUGCCACCGAUGUCGCCUCACGCGGUCUGGACAUUGAGGAUAUAACGCAUGUCAUCAACUACGACUUUCCACGCAAUAUAGAGGAGUAUGUGCAUCGUGUAGGUCGCACGGGCAGAGCUGGUCGACGGGGUACAUCCAUUAGCUUUAUUACACGUGAGGACUGGGCCAUGGCCAAGGAGCUGAUUCAGAUAUUGGAAGAGGCUGACCAGAAAGUGCCAGAGGAGCUGCGUCGCAUGUCCACGCGAUUCUCAGAAAUGAAACAACGUCGAGCAGCUGAAGGUGGGGGAGGUGGACGUAGUUUUGGAGGUGGUGGGCGUGGCUUUGGUGGUGGUGGCGGUCAUCGGGAUCGUUUUUAAAACGGACAACAUUCGUAUAAUGAUCUAAGCAAAAAAGAUUUUUGUUUAACAAACAACUUCAGACAACGCAUUGAAGCGAUCGAUUUUUUUAGUUAUGUACUAAACUAUCUCCAGUUUUACAGGGUAUCAAAUGUAUAUA